UGUUAUCGGAACAUCCUUAUGGCUUUAGUAUUUUUCCACUGAGUAUGACGUGUCUCUUGUACACGUACUGCUUAACUGAGAUGUGUGUAUAUGAGUCAGGGGUCUGACUGUUGUUCUGCUGGUGUUGUUGUUCUGUCUGUCUGGGGCAUGGACUCGGGAGGAGAGUGGAGGGGUCAGAGAGAGUGACAUCACUCAACAGGGACACAGUGCAGGGAGAGAGAGGUUCAGAUGGAGAGCCAAAUGACUGACGUUUCAGAGAGAACCAACAAACAGACGACCACCUCGCCUGACAUCUGGACUGAGAUGAAGGAGCUGAGAGACAUGGUGCACAACCUGGGAACCACUGUGGUGGAGCAGAGCGAGAAGCUGAGGAACAUGGAGGUCAGAGCGACAGCCAGUGAGGCUGAGGCAAAGGAGCAGAGAAACACAGUGACCGAUCUUAGGGUGGAGCUGAUGCUCACCAAGAAUAAAGUGGAGAAAGAGAACGCAGACCUGACCGCUGGAUUGAGUGGCAGCAAGAGCCAGGUGGAGGAGCUGCAGACAAAGAAUGCAGCCCAAGCUGCUGAACUAUCAGCCAUGGGGGACAGAGUGACAGCCAGUGAGGCUGAGAAUGCAGCCCUGGAGACCAGACUGAGUGCUAGUGAGAGCCAGGUGGAGGAGCUGAAGAGAGCAACUGCAGACAGGCCAAAGGUGGCCUUCUCUGCUGGUUUGACUGAUUCAGGAACUGUUGGACCCUUUGCUGCUGAAACCACACUGGUAUACACCAAAAUCUUCUCAAACAUUGGCAAGGCCUACAACCCAGCUACAGGUGUCUUCACAGCACCAGUGAGAGGACUCUACUACAUUAGCUCCACUGCCAUGAGUGUCCAGACCUCGUUUUACUUUUAUGCAUACAUGUAUAAGAAUGGACAGAAAAUCCUGUAUAGUCAGGGAUAUAAUACUGGCGGUUAUGAGACACUGUCUAAUGGAGUCAGUCUAGAGCUGGAGGAGGGAGACGUGGUGUACAUGCGCAUCCCUGCAAGCAACCGGCUCUAUGAUAACUCAAAUAAUCACAACAUCUUCAGUGGCUUCCUGCUCUUCACAGUGUGAGAACAUCAUGGAUGCUGUAAUGGUCUCUAGUAAAAGUGUCUGUAUGUCAGGGCCUCUUGGAGCCAAAAUGACUCCCGUAUUAAUAAAUGCAUCAUU